GCACUCAGUGAGCAAACAUUUUUGUUUUUCAAAUCACGUCAGAGAAAACUGCAAUAAAAUAAACUAUGUAUGAAGACUGUAUGCAAGCCUGGGUGCCACUUGUAGUGAUCUGCUGCGCCUUCACGCUAUCUCUGAUCUGUAAUAUUGUACAGUGUGCCUUAAAACACAAAAUAGGGAAAGACGUGAAAUGCCAUCGUCAACGUAUCAUAAGUUGUAGGUAUGAAGACCAAUAUAUUGCAAACAACCCAAUAUAUGGCAACCUGAAUCAACCAUUUCAUGAGCGUAUUAAUGAAAGUUGCUACGAAGAGAUGUCUAACCCUCACAAGAGAAAGAGAGAGGAAAUCAUGAUGAACACUGAAGAGACGAUGUGCUAUGCAGCACUCAACCUCAGUCCUAAAAUACUUAAGAAAAAUCGAAAAAAGAAGGCAAUGCACAUACAUUCUCUAAACUGUGGUGAAGACAAACCACCCUUAAAUAUGGGCAACAAUUUAUCUAAUUCCUGUAUAUACCUGAACAGUGAUCAGCUUACGGCUGAAAGUAAAAUAGAAGAGGAUUUGAUCCAAGAUGACCCCCUUAUUCUUUAUGGUGUGAUGCAGAAAAUCAGAAACAACACAGGUUUGAGGGGCCAAAGACUUACAGACUUAGAUGUCAUUUAG